GUGCUGUAAUUCAGGAUGAUCACUCUGCUUGUCUUAGCUCUCGUCUCCCUGAGCCUUGCCGACAGCUUUGAUGAGGCGUACAGCGACUUGAGCCAUCACAGGACCAUCUACAUCUUAGAGAACGGCCCUCGGCUGUCUGUUGUGACAGAACAAUCCAAAGUUGUUUCUCGAAGGGGAGGGAACGCAACACUGCCGUGUACCUUCCACAGGGACCCCUCGUCUGCCCCGAACCCCAAACUGAGGAUCAAAUGGACAAAGCUGACAUCAGACUAUCUGAAGGAGAUCGACGUUUUUGUAGCCAUGGGCUUCCACAGGAAAAGCUAUGGCAGAUUCCAUGGGCGUGUGCACCUUCAACAGGCCAGUGAGAACGACGCCUCCCUAGUCAUCACGGAGAUCACCCUGGAGGAUUACGGAAAAUACAAAUGUGAAGUCAUUGAUGGCCUAGAGGACGACACAGGGGUGGUGUCCCUCGAUCUGCAAGGGGUCGUGUUUCCAUACUUCCCUCGUCUGGGACGUUACAACAUGAACUUCCUGGACGCUGAGAGGGUGUGUCGGGAGCAGGAUGCGAUCAUGGCCUCGUUUGAGCAGCUCUAUGAGGCGUGGAGGGGGGGGCUGGACUGGUGCAACGCCGGCUGGCUCAGUGACGGCUCUGUGCAAUACCCGAUCACCAAACCCCGCGAACCCUGCGGGGGCAAGAACACCGUCCCUGGCGUUAGGAAUUAUGGGAUGCGGGACAAGGAGAAGAACAGAUAUGACGUCUUCUGUUUCACCUCAAACUUCAAAGGGCGCUUCUACUACCUGAUCCACCCCAGUAAACUGACGUACGAGGAGGCGGUGCAGGCCUGUCAGAAGGACGGCGCUCAAAUCGCAAAAGUGGGACAGAUGUACGCGGCGUGGAAGCUGCUAGGCUACGAUCGGUGUGACGCGGGUUGGCUGGCGGACGGAAGCGUCCGUUACCCGAUUUCCCGCCCGCGCAGACGCUGCAGCCCCAACGAGGCGGCCGUGCGUUUCUCCGGUUUUCCUGACAAGAAACAGAAGUUGUACGGCGUGUACUGCUACAAAGGCCACAACUGA